CGGAACGCUACUAAUACAGGAACUGUUUCCGGUCGGAGCAGAAGACAUGUUGCACAGCGUCGACCAAACGCUCUUAUAACGAUGUAAAACAUCAACAACCAGUUACACGAGGUUUCUUUACGUCAGGAAGUAGAAGUCAAGAAGCCCCUCGACAGAGCAGACAUGGCCGACAGCAACGGUGUGGACAUGGAUCCAGAUGUUGCUCGGAGGCUGUUUGAGGAGGGAGCCACCCUGGUGCUGCUGGAUGUCCCUCUGGGUACCGAGCUGGGGAUUGACUGCAAGAGUUGGCAAGUUGGUCCCCGCUUCAAGGGUGUGAAGAUGAUCCCCCCGGGCCUGCACUUCCUCUACUACAGCUCUGUUAACUCGCCGAGCUGUGGAGGAGAAAUUGGCCCAAAGUCGGGCCUCUUCCUCAAUCUCAAACCAAGAGACAUCCUGUUGGCCAAGUGGGAUCCCAAAGAAGAAGAUCUGGACUUCUCGGCCUCGCAGAACGAAGAGGAGGUGAGCCGGAUCAGGGCAAACUUGCGAGACCUGGAUCCCCACCUGGGGCCCUACCCGUACGAGGUGAUGAGGAAGUGGGUGUCCCUCACUGACCGUCUGAGCGAGGAGGUGGCCAAUAGCUUACAGCCUCUUUCAGGUCGAAUUUGUGCCUUCUGUGACGUCAUCCCCGAGGUCCAGCUCACACACACCAAAGACAGGGCAGAGCAGCCGAGGAACGACACAGCCUGUCAGAGCAUGAAGGAGGGACUCGACAGGCUCCCCAGGAUGAAGCCGAGGGAGGGGACAGAGCUGCGCUUCUCUGUUAUCCCCGAGAAGAAGUACCCUGCUGGGGCUACGCCCGCCGAGAUCACCCAGUGCAGCCUGGACCAGAGCUACGCCCUGGAGACUGUGCUGGAGAAGCACUACCAGCUGCAGCCUCUCAACCUGCUAGGUGAGCUGCAGUUUGCCUUUGUAUGUUUCCUGAUUGGAGACGUAUACGAGGGCUUUGAGCAUUGGAAGGGUCUCCUAGCUCUGCUGUGCCGAUCGGAGGACGCAAUGCGAAAGCGUAAGGAGCUGUAUCUGGGGCUCAUCGCCGUGCUUUACCACCAGCUCGGAGAAAUCCCGCCUGACUUCUUUGUCGACAUCGUGUCUCAGAGCAACUUCCUCACUUCCACGCUGCAGGAUUUUUUCCAGUUUGCCAGUGGCCCCGGUAUAGACGGCACGCUGCGGAAGAGAGCGGAGAAGUUCAAAGCUCACCUGACCAAGAAGUUUCGCUGGGACUUCGAUGCAGACUUGGACGACUGCGCCCCUGUGGUGGUGGAGCUGCCUGAAGGUGUCACCGUGGACUGAGACUGUGGUAUGGGUUCAGUGAGUGUACAUGAUGGAGCCAUAAGCAGGGAACAGGACUGAAAUAAUGUGACACUGAAUGUGAGCAGUGAGGCCUGGUAUUUAACUCUUAGUUUCAGUAACACCAGUAGUUCUCUAACAGUAUGUGUUGAAAGUGUUACAUGUGGGCUGUACAACACCUUCUCAUAUAUGUAUACAAUUUGUACCCUGUUUAUUGACAAAACAUCUAAAGUGCUACGUCAUGGCAGAGCUGCAGUAUACUAAAUGUCAGUGGUGCCCUCUGGUGGCGGGUUUCUCUAAGCUCAGCAAGCACUCGACAGUUUUAGAGCCCCAGUAGCGACACAUUUAUUGCCAAAAUCAACCCCCUAGUUGUUUUAACCUCACUUAAGUUGGAGAGUUGAUGCAAAUAAUUAUAAGCAGUGUCAUACACAGAGCUGUUAUUUUACUUAAGACUACUUGGUUAACCAGAACUGUCACAUAAUAAGACACUCUCUUAAUAUCACCAAACCUUCUCGAUAUGCAGGAUUUAGCUAGAAGAAAACAAAAUGAUAGUAUUGUGUGACUGUUGUGGUUCUAUACCUUCUUAUAUUAAAAAAUAAAUAAUUCUUUUUGUUGAUAAAUAGUUGCCACACUGUUAGAAAAUGAUAAAGUUUGUAUUGGUAAAUUGGUUAAAGAGACCACAUCUGAGCUAACUCUUCCUAAGUUUACAUUUUUCUAUGAUUUAUUGGAUCCAAAUUCCCUCGAAUAAAGAAAAAAAAAAACACUUUUGAUACAAAAUA